AUGCCGACGCCAGCCAGCUUCUGUGGUUCGAACGGUACUGUACGCCGACUUCGGAGAGAUCGGUUGAAAAAGAGCUUCAUCAACAGCACACUUCUCUACAACGUUCAAUUUAGACUAUCAUCCACAAAAAACUAUAGAUCAUCCGCCUACGGAACUGCCAAGUCUGGUGUUGGUAUCUCCUCCAUGGGUGUUAUGAAUCCUGGUCUUGUUAUGAGAAACAUCAUUCCAGUGGUUAUGGCCGGUGUGUUGGGUAUUUAUGGGUUGAUUGUUGCCGUUAUCAUCCAGGGUUCAAUUGUUGCUCCACAAGGAGGACUCAGUCAAUACAGCCUAUACACAGGGUUUGCUCACUUGGCAGCAGGUCUGUGCUGUGGUCUUUCUGGUCUUGCGGCCGGUAUGGCCAUUGGAAUUGUGGGAGACGCAGGUGUUCGUGCUGUUGGACAACAAGAGAAGCUGUUCGUUGGUAUGAUUCUGAUUUUGAUUUUUGCUGAGGCUCUUGGUCUUUACGGUUUGAUUGUGGCUCUUAUUUUGUCUCAGAACUCGUACACUUGCGACAACAAUAAUUAA